ACGCUUCCCCGUCUCCAUUUCCCACACGCAUCACAGGUGUUGGGUGCCGGCGGCCCGAGUGUGCGGCAGUGCCUGCCUAACCGUGAGUAGCUAGCUAGCUGGCAGCUCUAGCUCUCAACUGGGCGCUCUGAGGCUGCUAGCUUCUCCUCUGAAGGAGCGGGAGGGGGACAGCAAUGGCGGCUGAGGAUGGGGGAGGGGAGAAGCAGGGAGCGGGUGCGGCAGCCGCGAGGAAGGCGAAGCGGCAGGGCGGGUUCAGGACCAUGCCCUUCAUCCUAGCCAACGACUUCUGCGACCGGCUUGCCUCGGUGGGGUUCACCUCGAACCUCAUCACGUACCUCACCCUGCAGAUGCACCUGCCGCUCGUCCAGGCCUCCAACAUCAUCACCAACUACAACGGCACCGCUAACCUCACCCCGCUCGUCGGCGGCCUCGUCGCCGACUCCUUCGCCGGCCGCUUCUGGACCAUCACGUUCGGCUCCGUCGUCUACCAGAUCGGCAUGGUCUGCCUCACCCUCUCCGCCGCGCUGCCCUCGCUGCACCCGCCGCCCUGCGCCAAGCACGCCGCGGACUGCCAGCGCGCGUCCUCCUACCAGAUCGCCGUGCUCUACAUGUCGCUGCUCUGCACGUCCAUCGGCACCGGGGGCACGCGCCCCUGCACCAUGGCGUUCGGCGCCGACCAGCUCGAGCUCAACGCGCACGGGCGCCGGGGCGCCAGGCCCAAGUGGAGCUUCUUCAACCUCUACUUCUUCGCCGUCGAGCUCGCGAAGCUCACGGCCGUCACCGCCGUGGUGUACAUCCAGGAGAACGUCGGGUGGGGGUGGGGGCUUGGCGUGCCCACCAUCGCCAUGCUCGCCGCGGUGAUCGCAUUCGUGUCCGGGUACUCGCUUUACGUCAGGAUGCCGCCCGGGGGCAGCCCCAUGGUACGGCUGGCGCAGGUCGCCGCCGCGGCGUUCAAGAAGAGGAAAGCCGCCGUGCCGGACGCGAGCCUCCUGUAUCAGGACAAGGAGCUCGACGCCGGCAUCUCCACCACCGGCCGCCUUCUCCACACCGACCAGCUGAAGUUCUUUGACAAGGCGGCCAUCGUGACGGAUGGCGACGUGCUGCCGUCCGGCCAGCCGAACCCGUGGCGGCUGUCGACGGUGCACCGCGUCGAGGAGCUCAAGUCGAUCAUCCGGAUACUGCCGAUCUGCGCCGCCGGCAUCAUCCUGGUGACGUCGUCGUCGCACAACCACAGCUUCGCCAUCCAGCAAGCCCGCACCCUGAACCGCGACCUGACGCCGCACUUUAGGAUCCCGCCGGCCUCCAUGCUCAUCUUCACCAACCUCGCCAUGCUGCUGACACUGGCGUUCUACGACCGCGUGCUCGUCCGCGUGCUCCGCCGCCUCACCGGCCGCCCGAACGGCAUCACCCACCUCCAGCGCACGGGCGUCGGCUUGACCAUCGCCAUGCUCUCCAACGCGGUGGCCGCGGUCGUCGAGCGGCGACGCAGGUCCGUGGCCGCGGCGAGCGGCCUGCUCGACGCCCCCAAGGCCACCCUGCCGAUGAGCGUCUUCUGGCUGGUGCCGCAGUUCACCAUCCACGGCAUCGCCAACGCCUUCAUGGACGUCGGCCGCAUGGAGUUCCUGUACGACCAGGCGCCGGAGAGCAUGCGGAGCACGGCGGCGGCGCUCUACUGGCUGACCUUCUCGAUCGGAAGCUACCUCGGCACGCUGUUGGUGACCAUCGUGCACGCCAAGACGCAGCGCAGCGGGCAGUGGCUCCCGGACAACCUCAACCGAGGGAAGCUAGACAACUACUACUGGCUCGUCGUGGCACUGGAGGUGGUCAACCUCGUCUACUUCUUCGUCUGCGUCAAGUACUACACCUUUAAGCCAUUGGAGACGGUCGGUGGAGAGGAGGAGGUCGAGCUCUACCAUGGCAAUGGCAAUGGCGCCAACGGCGCCAAGAAGCAUGGUGGAAGCUUCAAGUAGCUUUAGUGUUUGCUUCGAUCCCCGACUAGAUGACUAGCUUGGGUUGGGAUGGAAUAAUGGUAUUUAGAUAACCUUUUCUUUUCUGCUUACCACAUAAUCUUACCGAUUCUAAGAACUUUACCAGUAGCACAUUUUGUGUAAGGUAAUUGUUCGAGAAAUGUAGGAGUACCUGUUUAUUCCCUAGAUUUCUAUGCUUGAUUUUGAUGUGUAACAUUCUAAUAUUUUAUACAUCCAUAAUACAAGAGCAUA